UGGGUAAGCCAGAGUGACCACAAUUGUUGCAUGCCUUCGAAGGUGUUGCUAGUUGUUAACCACUCAUUCGAAGUAAGUCGUCCCCUUGUGCAGGAGAGGUAGAAAAACUCAUUGAAGCUCCUAGAAGAAUGGUAGUUUUCAGCCGGCAGAGCCUGGAGCUUGGUGCCCCCCUCAAAAGUAGCUAUACUUCUGGGGGCACGUCGCGCACGACCAGCGGGGCAUUGCGUUUGUCCAAAGCAGGAAGUGUGCAAGCAAGUGGCGCAAGCGAACAGCAAGACGCUGGCUACAAAGCAGCAGCAAGCUCGAUCAAGGGAGGAACUGCAAGUGGGAGUGGGAGUCGGCGAGGCACGAAAUCUACAUUGCCGGAUCCGUCGCAACGGCGGAAGCAUACGGAGGCAGGACUGAAACAGGUGAUGCAUGCGGUCGUGCGGGAUACGGGCGUUAACUUGCGUGAAGAGGGCACGGGACAGGAAGCUAUUGACCUUCCACAGAGUUCUGGCGGAGUGCUGAAGAACAGAGAAGAGUUACUGUUACGCUGCUAGCUCUUUAACUAUAGGCUAUAAAUUAAUAGGCCUCGUAAAUGCAGGUGUCAAGCGAGAAUAUAUAUCAUUCUUCUGGGGUUAUUCCCGUGCAGGAACAAGCUCCUGUGACCUAGAAGGGACCUCUUGAAGAGUCAGACUAUGUUGGACUCGCUUCUAAGAGAACACGAGCAUCAUCAAAUCCUGCCCCAACACCAAGCUGCUUCUUCGUCGAGCACUAGCGUUUACAACGUCGGCGGCACAACCUCCACGGGAACCGCAGCCUUUCCUGCCCCACCUCCUGGAGCUCGGUCACCCCGUGUCGCGGUGGUUGCCGGCACAGAGAGCCUCACGUCUUCGCGCGGGCCGAGCAGUGGCGGCUCGAGUCUCACGUCCUCGCGCAGGUCGUCUGCAGCAACCGACCAACGCCUAGAGGAGUUGCUACUUCAGAACGCAGAGCUGAAGAGAAACUUGCAGUUGCUGCAAGCAGGCGUGGUAGAAAGUAUGCGUGGAAACAAAGCAAGAUUCAUGGGCUCUGGCGGAGGCGGAGGCGGCGUGCAGACAAGUAGCAGUAUGCUCCGUCCAGUAAUAAGAACUAAGUUUUCCUGCGAUCCUCCCCGAGACUUUUCAAGUGACGAACCAACAGAAUUUUCGGCGUCAUCGAAACUAAGUACUUGCUUCAGGUGAGCGUAAUCGUUGAAAUAGUGCCCUCCAUGAAAUUGACCUGAACAAGAAAGUACACUGUAAGUAAGCUCCUUUCUUCGCGAACUUGAAUUAAGUGAGUACUAGAUAACUGAAACUUGAGAGAGUUUUCCGGUUUCAUAUUGGGUGUCCACCACUUGUCAUGUAGUACAAGGCGUCGAGCGCAAAGCUGCCCAAUCUGCAGGACUUGGACGAGCUAAAGUUCCUCUUGUCGAGAAAGAACCAACAGAUCGCGGAGCUGGAAGCGCAUAGUACCGAAAAUGCGGCGCAGAUCAAGCGACUCGGACGACAGUUCGAAUUAUGAAACAGAUGUAAGAAGAGUACUUGUUCUGUGAUCUGAUACGUAGUUGAUUCUCGGCUUUGGUAUUCUAGUACUUACAUGAUCUUCGAGGCUUUUCCUUCAUGGAUCGACGCGACAGUGCGGCACGGCCGCGAGCUGGGCUUGUGGGAGGAGCGGUGGUCGGGUAGGGUCGCGGAGACGGAGCGAUUGGAGGAACGUGUCCGACUCGCGCUUGCCGACCUGGACAGAGCCUCUUCGGAGACGUCAUUUGAGCGUCAGCGGGCAGAUGAUAGCGAGGCGAAAAUUGCGGAAUGGGACACCAAACUUGCGGAUUUGGAAGCAAAGUGUCACAAUUUGGAGGAAAAUGCGACAAGGGAGGCUGCCGAAGCUGCGGCAGCAAAGACAGCGGCAGGAGACGAGGCAAAGCGUGCUCAGGAAAGGGAAGAGCUGCUUCACUUUACGCUUUAGAUACAAACAAAACAAAUUUUUUAAGCUCCCUAUUCUCGAUAACCAUUACGCACUUCUGAAGCUACAUUUUCACAUCACAAGCCAUUUCCUUCUACUAACUUCUACUACAGCAACUGUCAACCUUCGCUUUCUAUUAGUGACGCACCUUUUUGGAAAAUGCUUACUCAGCGUGACUUCUUCAUAGUGGCAGAGACGGAACGGCUUGCAUCAGAGUUAAAGUCUCGAAAAAGCGAGUUAGAUGCUGUCAUGGCGGAAAAGUCUAGUCUGCAAGCGGCCCUCAACGUGGCACGUGCAAACUGCGACAAGAGCAAAUCUCAAAUGUACUAUCCACGUUUCGACUUCUAGCCUUGAAUUAUCAAGCUGGGUGGAGUCAAACUGCCAACGUGUAACAAAUAGAUAGUUGAAAUAUAUUUCUUGAAGUACUAUCACUUUUGAAGUGUCUUUAGGUUUGCGGUGUCGCUCCGCGUCCUUGCGCUGAGCAAUAGCAGCGAUGGUCUCCUCCGCAGUGUCUUUGAUAGUUGGAGGGCGGAGCAGCUGCAUGGAAAGCUGACAUGGGAGCAGAAGCAGAGGCAGGCCGUAGAAGCAGGUGGGCAAAAGCGUGCCGCUGAGUUGGGGGAGGCGCUGGCCAUUGCGCGGCGCGAGUUUGAUGCGGCCAAAGCUGAGUGGGUCGCCUUCCGCGAGGCACAAACGAGUGACCGCGACGCCGCACUCAGUGCGGAACUGGCGCGGAUAAAGGCAGAUCUUCAAGCGGCGAGGAAGGACUCAGACGCCUUGCGCAGUCAAAAGCUGGCUGCUGAAAAGCAGGUGUCCGCAUUGAGAAAACAAAAGGAUGCGGAAAUCUCCAAACUGCAAACCAAGAUAAAAGACCUGGAGGCAAGUAUUGGAUGGUUUUUGCAUCAGAUCAUCCAAAUCUAUGCUGCACGAUAUUUUAGUUAGAUUGCUUAUUUUGUAUCCUAUUUUACUCUUAUUCCUGGAAUCACCACCUACUUGCCUUACCACUGGGCUUGUUCGUACGCUGUGCAGAGGUAGAUUCUAUCAUCUUUCUGUUGGUGGACUUUGCACUGUGAAAAUAUGAGUUGUAGGUCUCAUGCAAGCAGAAUAAGUAUAAUCAGUAUCGGCCGUGCACUAGGAGUCAACCAUAACUGACUACUACCUUUGACUGUUUUCGCAACUUUUAUAGGUAUUAGGGCUGCAAAAGACGAAGCUGCCGCUUCCUCGAGUGAAGAGGAGAUGCACAAGUUCAAGCUCGCGCAAGAGGCAGAAGCGAUGACACAGAAAGAGUUCUACAAAAAGCGUGAGGACACAUUAGUCAAGGAGAACCAGGCUCUGCAAGAUAAAUUGAAAGAACUGACGCCGACGUCAGGUGGUAAAUUAAUUGCCUAGAGUGAUUUUCUUCUAAUAAGAAUUUUCUUUCUUCAUUUGAUAAAGUCCAUCUCGCUGAGUUUUUGUAUCGUACUGCGACAAGUGCGCUGCAUCUACAACUAGGCAGCCAACACAUCUUCAACUUGUACUUUUGUUACCCCAGGCGGCAGCAGUGGGAGCAGUUUCUAUGCUAAGCAAGUGCCCGAUCAUGGCGACAAGAAGUGGCGGCAGAAGCUCCGGCAAGUAGAGGAGGAGCACAAACGACAGCGAGCAGAGUGGGAGAGGGAGCGGGCGGACCUGCGAGAAGGGAGAUCGCGAGAAGAGGAGCAGGCGAAGGAAAUUGCGGACCUCAAACAGCGUUUAGAACAGGCACGCCGAGAAGCCGGGGAAUUGAGUGCCGCCAAGGCACACGCGGAAAAAGAACGCGAUGCUGCAGGAGGCCGAUCUAGCAAGAGCUCUCCGGUAGAGAGUCGAACUUCCCACAUUAUGGGUAACCAAGAAGCCGGCGCAACCACGCCUCUCGGUGGUUGCACUAACGUUUUCCAAUUGCUCUGUCACAAAUUUUGAUGUCACCGACUAUCUGAAAUUAAAGAUCAACUACAUGGAUUAAUAGGUUCAACCUGUUAUGAAAAGAGAAAAUUUUAUCCCCAAGCUUGGUUGGUGGAAUCGAUUUUCUAACUUUCAAGAGCUAGAGAAGGAACCUUGGUGGAACGAUUUAGAACUUGCAAGGCGCGAGAUAGCAGAACUUCUUGCGGACAGAGCAGAACUGUUGAAACGCAGUGAAAGCGUAGAAGCAAGUCUGGGCUUAGCAGAUGAGAGUUAAGAGCAACAAAAUGAUAAAAAAGGGUGCGGCCUUUGAUAUUCAUUCGUGACGAUGAAAUUUCGAGCAGUGAACUCGAUUUGUAAAGCUCCUGUGCUGAUCCUCUAAGUAAAGGCCGGACGUUGGAAAGACGCUGUAGAGGAAAAUGUGCAAGCGGUUCGUCGAAAUUUGCGAAUGCUUGUCACUGCUCCGAAAAUAUCUAUCAACGUCGGCGGCAACAACGACUUUCAUGUGAAGUCGUCUUUCCCCUAUGAGGAAAUACGAAGCGCAAUAAAGGCCGAAAUCAUACCAAAGUUUCAGGUGUUAAGUAUUAGGUGGUGUGACCUUAAUGUGAUCGGAUUUCAAGGUAGUGUUAAUUUGGUGGCGGUUUGCAGGUGCUUGUACUAGUUGGAGCAACGUCGUACUGUUAUCCGAAAUUUCAUUGUUGCUCUCGAUCGAAGACGAUAUGAGUUACUAGAAGGUUGACGAUAUGAGUUACUUAGAAGAUGGUUAUAUAUUCCAUAAUUUCUAUGUAAUAAUGUCUCUUUGGUUGAAGAUGUUAAUUGAUUGUUUGAAAGGGCGGUCGCAUAUAGUCCUAACGCAAAAAAAAAGUCUUAGGUGGUUGUGUUGAACAGCAACAGGGACACACACAUGACAUGAUUGACACCGACCACUACUUCAGCGCUGCAUGCACAUAUCUGAGGAGAAGUAUGGAAGUGACUCGGACGUGAAGCAAUUAGUGUAUAAAGGUGUGGAAGACUUGGCGUUGACGCUGCAGACGAAAAUCCACGAACUAGUGCCAUCUGCAGAGGGGACUUGUCAUUGGGACGGAUUCGGUACUUGAAAUUAUUUCGAUUUGUUUUCAUUGACAGCUCGAGUACAUUUUACUACUACUGCUUGGAGUUGGAUCUUCACGUAGAGAUAGUCCUUUUACUUGCUCCUUUGUCUCAAAAAUAUCUCUCAGGUUGCGCGAAAACGUCUGCCUCAACGGACACUCCAGUGCACAGUAGUGCUGAUAGCCCCGUGAAGGGUGGAAGCCAUCAGCUGGCAAAAGCCGAGCGGUCAAGCAUCACCGGAACCUUUAUGGAUAGACAUCCAGAUGAUCCGGAUCCCCAUCUGUCAACAUCCAAGCAGGAACUGUUGUGAUACUCCUAAGUUGUAUCUUAUUGGCACUGUCGACGAGUGUCCACGACGUAUCUGUCGUGUGUCUACUACGUAUUCUGCACUCAUUUGUUUCUGAAUCUAAAGUUUCCCAGGCGCAAUCCCAAUCGAGGUCGAGAACCGUGUCCAAAACAGGGGGAAGCCACUCACCGAGCAAGACGCCUAGUAGGCGACCUUCCCAAACCUAA